AUGGUGAAAUAUGGUAGAAUUCCUACCGCAACGGAGCUUUCAAAAAGAGGGGUAAACUUGGAAACAUUGACAUGUCGUAUGUGCGAGGAGAAAGAUGAGUGCCCAGACCAUGCUCUUGUGGAUUGCUCUUUUGCAAAAAAAAAGGUGGCUGAUGGGAUAUGGAGGUGGUGUAAUGUGCAAGUUGGUGGUUUCAACAAGGUGAACGAUUUAUUGGAUUUUGUUGCUACAUGGGGGUCGUGCGCAAAAAGAAGGAAAAUUAUUGUGGUAAUUUGUUAUGGUAUGUUAUGGUGUAUCUGGAAGGCAAGGAAUGAAAGAGUCUUUAAGAAAAACCGGCUACCACCUGAUAAAGUCAUAGAAAUAGUUAAGUCUGUGACUUUUCUUUGGGUGAUGAACAGGGGUAAGAUGGCGGAAUUAGCUUGGAAAAAUUGGUCUCAAUGCCCUUUCUUUUAA